GAUAGCUAGACAGAUAUAGCUACUUACAGUUAGUCUUCUCAGUCCAGACCACACGUGGAAACUGUUUCAGUGUGCCACAGGACGAUCUCCAUAAAUUAAAGACAUAAGAGCACAGAAGGAGAGAUGCUGGUCGUGGUGGAGGGGCUGAGGACGACUGUGAGGAGAGAGAAGGAAGGAAAGGAGGGGUGAGAGGAGAACAGAAUACGUUGCCUGUGCACAACUGGAUGCAGCCGGGAGUGCAGCAGCGCCUGUGGGAGGCAAGAAAAAGAACCUGCCUGGAAUGGAGGAGAGCGAUGCAGCACAGUUGCUGUUGUCAGGACUCCCUCCACCUUUCAUCUGCCGCCACGCUGGAUUCUGUGUUAAUGAGAAAGAUUCGGAGCAGCUUGGGGAUGCCUAAGAGACCAGCUGCUUGUGUUCAACUUUGACAUGAUGCUUAGAGCAGGAGAGGCGACCACUUUCCAUGUACUGCUGCUGAUGCUGCUUCCAUCUCUGUGCUGGUACCACCUGUGUCACUCUCUUCAGGCUCCAAAUCUCUCCUCCUAUGCAAAAGCAGAAGAUAAACUGUUCAAAUACCUCUUUCAAAACUACCAGAAAUGGGUCCGUCCAGUGGAGUAUCUAAACCAGACCAUCAGUGUGAAGUUUGGGUUGGCCAUCUCCCAGCUGGUUGAUGUGGAUGAGAAAAACCAGUUAAUGACAACUAAUGUUUGGAUGAAACAGGAGUGGGUUGAUAUGAAAUUGAGAUGGAGCCCUGAAGACUUUCUGGGCAUCACAACCAUUCGUGUUCCCUCAGACAGGAUCUGGCUUCCUGAUGUUGUACUUUAUGACAAUUCAGAUGGACGUUUUGAGGGAACUAUCACUAAGGCUGUAGUCAAGUACGACGGAACCAUUUCAUGGAAUCCACCAGCCAACUACAAGUCCGCCUGCACCAUUGAUGUCACCUUCUUCCCAUUUGACCUCCAGAACUGUUCGAUGAAGUUUGGAUCCUGGACCUAUGAUGGCUCACAAGUGGACGUCCUUCUGGAAGAUUUCCAUGUGGACAAGCAGGAUUAUUUUGACAAUGGGGAAUGGGAGAUAGUGAAAGCAACAGGCAGCCGUGGUCUCAGAACUGAUGGCAGCAAUUCCUAUCCCACCAUCACCUACUUCUUUAUUAUCCGCAGGCUGCCUCUUUUCUACACUCUCUUCCUCAUCAUCCCUUGCAUUGGCCUGUCCUUUCUCACCAUCCUUGUUUUCUAUCUGCCCUCAAAUGGUGGUGAAAAGAUCUCUCUCUGCACCUCAGUGCUGGUGUCGCUCACAGUCUUCCUCUUGGUCAUUGAAGAAAUCAUCCCUUCUUCUUCCAAGGCAAUCCCUCUUAUUGGGGAAUACCUGGUCUUUACCAUGAUCUUUGUCACACUGUCAAUCGUCAUCACCGUCUUUGCCAUCAACAUCCACCAUCGCUCCUCAUCGACACAUCAUGGCAUGGCACCAUGGGUGAGAAGGAUUUUUCUACAUCGGCUACCUAAGCUGCUAUGCAUGCGCAGCCAUGUGGACCGCUACGCUACAGCCAGAGUGCCUGAAUCAGAAAGAAAUAUUGGAUUAGGCAAUAUGAAAAACCCAACCCCUGAGCUCACUCCACUUCUCUACACCCAGCACAACCUCCAAGCAGCUUUGGAAUCUAUUCGCUACAUCACCAUGCAUGUGGUUAAAGAAAACCAGGUCAGAGAGGUGGUGCGAGACUGGAAGUUUGCAGCUCAGGUCCUGGAUCGAAUGUUUCUGUGGGCCUUCCUUCUGGUGUCAGUUCUUGGAUCUGCUCUCCUUUUCAUCCCAGUCAUUCACAAAUGGGCCAGCAUCAUCGUCCCUACUCAUCCCGGCAGUACUCUCUAGGAACGUCUUCAAUCACAAUGGGAGAUGAAAGAAAAGCACAUUAACUGCUCUUCAGACCAUCUGAGACAUUUGAAUGACAGUGCAGACUAUUCACAACAUUCCUUUGCAUUCGAUUUCUGAGAUUCUAUUGUGCCAGAAAUAAUGCUGCAACUCUGAACACAGUUAUUGCUGACUGGACAUGUGUACAAUGUGCAUUUUAUAGUAUUAUUCUAAGCUUGUUUCUAAAGAGCAGCUAGACAGGAAAAGCAACAAAAGAAAACAUAGAUACAUAUUUAUGUACCGGUAGUUUAAAUCAUGACAACUGCCGUAGUAAUGGACAGGGAAUUUAGUCAUUUGAGUUUAACUUAACAUAUAGAACAAAUGUUUUGUUAACUGGAAUCUACUUACAGACUAACAAUAGUCUUUCUUGUCAGUAUUUAAAUUCACAGCUUUCCUUGAAGAAAGCAGGACAAACUCUGCAUUCUUUGAACAGGCUGUAAAAGAACGAUAUUAACAACAUACCAAUUGUAUGUCAAGAAAUUAGGUGAGAAAACAACUAAUUUGUCACACCAAAACUGUGUCACAAUAGCUUUAUUAUAGGCACAUAGGCAAGAUCAAAUUCUGCAGCACAUAUAUUUGGUCACAAUGCCAAGAGAACCUGUGGGCUUUUUACUGGAGCAUUCAUUGCCUCUAAGUGGCCACACACCUAUAAAAUAUAAUGUUCUCUUGUAUAAGGUCACAAGAGAAAAUUAAAAUAAAUUAAAACUACAAAAUCAGAAGGUCAUGAAGACAGGAGAAGUGAAGACAAGAGUUAGCUCAGCUGCUCUGUAGAGGAUGCUCAUUUACGCCGCUUACAUCCAGAAUCUUGUUCUCCUGCUCAUGAUUUACUGUAUAUCUGAUUAUUGUAGAUGAAGGUCAGAUCAUAUGAGACUAUGGAGUCUGGGUCACUGGAGCUGACUCUUAGUUUGGCCAGUUCCUACUCAACUGUGUACUGCAUAACUGCAUACUGAAAAUAAUUUGCUAUAUAAAAUAAAUAUAUAUAGAUAAACAAAUGUGUUUGUGCUAUACAGUGCUUGUCAGUAGUUUGCAUAUAGACAUUUUUGGGUUUUAUUAAUGCAUUUGAACUGUUCUUUUUUCAUAGGGUGAAUUUUCAAAACAAAAUAGUCAAAAUUAAAGACAAAUAGACUCAAAUAUACACAAACCUAGCCUUUUAUUUUAAUAAAUACCUUUUAGUCUUUGAUCAGGAUCAUACAAUGCCAUUUUGGAAUUCUGACGUAUGAUUGAUUAUUCAGAAAACAAUUAAGAAAGUUUAUAUCAAAAAAACAUG